AUGAAUAAAGUUGAAGAGGUAAAAUACGUUAGAUUGAGAGUAGUAGGAGGAGAGCCCGCAGGAGGUGCAUCUCUUGCACAGAAGGUCGGACCAUUGGGGUUCAACGCCAAACAGGUAGGAGAAAACAUUGCCAAGCAGACCAAGGAGUACAUGGGAUACAAGAUUGGAGUGCUCUUGACUAUACAGGGAAGACAGAUGGACAUUACCGCAGAGCCAGGCACAUCAGCUCUUAUCCUUAAGGAGCUGAAGGAGCCCCCAAGAAACAGAAAGAAGGAGAAGAACAUCCAGCACAACGGAUCCCUCUCUCUUGACGCAGUCGUCCAGAUCGCAAAGAAGCAGAGAAGCAAGUCAUACGCAAGAACACUUGCAGGCACUGUCAAGGAGAUACUGGGAACAUGCCUGUCAAUUGGGUGCCUCGUAGAUGGAGAGUCCCCAAAGGAAGUCACUAGAAAGAUCCAGGAGGGCGAAAUAGUGAUUGCAGACGAAUAA